CUCAGAUCAGUGAAAAAGUUAGAUACGUCGAUUUGAAAAAUUAUGCUUGAAUUCAGUGUUUAUUAAUGCAAAAAUCCUUAAAAAUUGCACAUUUUGUAAACCGUUCAGAAGAACCGCAUAAUGGCGCACAUACCGGCAACAUCGUUGGGCAGUAAAAGCAAGAAACAUUUCCUCGGUGUUCCGGCUCCUCUAGGCUACGUCGCCGGUGUUGGUCGUGGUGCCACCGGUUUCACCACCCGAUCGGAUAUUGGUCCUGCGCGAGAUGCAAACGACGUUUCCGAUGACCGCCACGCCCCUCCGGCAGCAAAAAGAAAGAAAAAGGAAGAGGAAGAGGAGGACGACGAGGAUUUAAACGAUUCUAACUAUGACGAGUUCAGCGGCUACAGUGGUUCACUGUUCUCGAAAGAUCCCUACGACAAGGAUGACGCCGAGGCGGAUGCUAUCUACGAAAGCAUCGACAAACGUAUGGACGAGAAGCGGAAGGAAUACCGCGAGAAACGUUUGAAGGAGGAUCUAGAGCGAUAUCGUCAGGAGCGACCGAAGAUUCAACAGCAGUUUUCCGACUUGAAGCGUAACUUGAUUGCGGUAAGCGAGGACGAGUGGGCCAAUUUGCCAGAGGUAGGAGACAGUCGAAAUAAGAAGCAACGCAAUCCGAGAGCAGAGAAGUUCACUCCUCUACCAGACAGCGUUCUGUCGAGGAAUUUAGGCGGCGAAACAGCUAGCACGAUUGACGGCAGAUCGGGGUUGGCAUCGAUGAUACCGGGUGUUUCGACGCCGGGAAUGCUCACUCCUAGCGGGGACUUGGAUUUGCGCAAAAUCGGCCAGGCGAGGAACACGCUGAUGAACGUCAAGUUGUCGCAAGUAUCGGAUUCGGUUGCCGGCCAGACCGUGGUUGAUCCGAAGGGAUAUCUUACGGAUCUUCAGAGUAUGAUUCCCACUUAUGGAGGAGAUAUUAACGAUAUCAAGAAGGCACGAUUGCUGUUGAAGAGCGUUCGUGAGACAAACCCGAACCAUCCACCGGCGUGGAUUGCCAGUGCUCGGUUGGAAGAAGUCACCGGAAAAGUCCAAAUGGCACGUAAUUUGAUUAUGCGAGGCUGCGAAGUGAAUCCUUUGAGUGAAGAUCUUUGGUUGGAAGCGGCACGUCUACAGCCUCCGGACACUGCCAAAGGCGUGAUCGCUCAAGCUGCUCGACAUAUUCCGACAUCGGUGAGGAUCUGGAUAAAGGCAGCCGAUUUGGAAACUGAAGUGAAAGCUAGGAGACGUGUUUUUCGCAAGGCUUUGGAGCACAUUCCAAAUUCUGUACGGUUGUGGAAGGCCGCCGUGGAAUUGGAGAACCCUGAGGAUGCUAAAAUUUUGCUUUCAAGAGCGGUGGAGUGUUGCAACACGAGUGUCGAGUUAUGGCUGGCCUUGGCUCGUUUGGAAACGUAUGAAAAUGCUCGUAAAGUGCUGAAUAAAGCACGUGAAAAUAUUCCAACCGAUAGGCAAAUCUGGACCACGGCUGCCAAAUUGGAGGAAGCCAACGGCAAUAUUCACAUGGUGGAGAAAAUUGUCGACCGAGCCCUGAGUUCGCUCAGUGCCAAUGGAGUUGAAAUCAACAGAGAUCAGUGGUUACAGGAAGCCAUGGAAGCGGAGAAAUCCGGAGCUAUCAAAUGUUGUCAAGCGAUCGUCAAAGCAGUUAUUUCGGUUGGAGUGGAAGAAGAAGAUCGCAAACAAACAUGGAUCGAUGAUGCCGAUCACUGCGCCAAAGAAGGCGCAUUCGAAUGUGCUCGAGCUGUGUACAACUUCGCCCUGUCUGAGUUCCCAUCGAAAAAGAGCAUCUGGCUACGUGCGGCAUAUUUUGAGAAAAACCAUGGAUCACGUGAAAGCCUGGAAGCACUGCUGCAGAAAGCAGUUGCCCAUUGUCCAAAAUCGGAAGUCCUCUGGCUUAUGGGAGCCAAAUCAAAAUGGCUUGCAGGCGAUGUUCCAGCUGCCCGUGGAAUUCUGUCACUUGCUUUCCAAGCAAAUCCCAACUCGGAGGAUAUUUGGCUUGCCGCUGUGAAGCUAGAAUCAGAAAAUUCCGAGUUUGAACGUGCACGCCGUUUGCUGGCCAAGGCAAGAGCUUCUGCGCCCACUCCUAGGGUAAUGAUGAAGUCGGCGAAACUAGAAUGGGCGCUCAACAACCUUGAAGAUGCACUCAGCCUGUUGGAUGACGCCGUUAAGGUGUUCCCCGAUUUCGCAAAGCUCUGGAUGAUGAAAGGCCAAAUUGAAGAGCAGAGAAACCUUCUCGAGCGAGCAGUCGACUCGUACAAUUCCGGACUUAAAAAAUGUCCCAACUCAAUACCACUUUGGCUGCUUCUCUCAUCCCUGGAGGAAAAAAGAAAACUUCUCACCAAAGCUCGAUCCGUGCUGGAACGAGGUCGAUUGAAAAACCCGAAAAAUCCAAUCCUCUGGCUGGCAGCUAUCCGAAUCGAGAUUCACGGCGGCUUCAAGGACAUGGCCAAUACCCUUAUGGCACGCGCCCUGCAAGACUGCCCGAACGCCGGUGAGCUUUGGGCUGAGGCCAUCUUCCUAGAACCACGCCCUCAGCGGAAAACCAAAUCCGUUGACGCACUCAAAAAAUGUGAACACGACCCACACGUGCUGCUGGCGGUUUCCAAACUGUUCUGGAGCGAACGGAAGAUUCAAAAGUGCCGCGAUUGGUUCAACAGAACGAUUAAAAUUGACCCUGAUUUUGGUGAUGCGUGGGCAUACUUCUACAAAUUCGAGUUGCAGCAUGGUACCGAACAGCAACAGAAAGAAUUGCUGGACCGAUGCGUUACUGCCGAGCCAAAACAUGGCGAAGAGUGGUGCCGGGUGAGUAAGGAUAUUGCCAAUUGGUGUUUCAAGACGGAUGAGGUACUGAAAGCGGUAGUCAAGAUCCUGCCUACCCCCAUUUAAGAUUUUUUUACUGCGCGGCAGAACAAUGUAUUUGUUCUUGAUAAAGUUGAAACUGACUUUAUUAGUACAUUGCUAAAGGCUAUUGAUCAGUAAUAAAUCAUUUGUUCGAGAACCCACAUAAGUAACUUUUGUGUGAAAAUAAGAAAAGAUAUUGACAUAAUGUAACAUUUUCA